UCAGGAUCGCUAAUGGCUUAUAAAUGGUUAACAGAACAGCAGCCAGAGACGACCACUGUGACAGUCUAUAGAAACGUGACAGUCUAGCGAGAUGAUUGACUUGGUUGUAGAGCAAUCGUCUAUCGUAAGUAGCCUAAUCCACGCGACCGGAUGAGUUGCUCGUGAGCUAAUUUUAGUCCAGUGGCCUUAUUUUUUGAUGUCAACUUUUGUUGUGAUCACAAGACUGCGGGUCGGCGAGGAGGUUGGACUGGCCUGAAACAUGGCUCUCCAGGUAACUUCCUCUACCCUGAGAAACAACCCCGAAAAACUGCUGGACAAGGGCCCAAGUUAUUUCAGGGAAAGGACAAACAGAGGCAUUCUCAGAAAAUGUGGUAGAAGGAAGAGUGCUGUGGAGUUACUGGAAGCCAGCAAGUCUCAGUAUGUGAAGAGCAGUCAUGUGUUAGAACAGAGACAAGGUCUAGGGCCAGGGGCAGAUCAUGAGCCAGUCUCGGCCAGAGAGAAGUUUCCCCGCUGUGCCAAGGAGAACGACGGUGAGGUACAGAGUCUUCCACGAGCACAUCGCCGUGACAGGAAGUUGAGGUACAGUAUCGGGGCAUGCGAGAACAUACCUCACAGUCUCCAGCCCCCAGCUCGUGUGCGGCCCACAGGUAGAACAACAGGUACUGACAAGACCGGGGUCUACCCGGACAUCUCUAACUCGAUCUCAGCCCCAGGAGAUGUGUCAAAAUCGUCCGAUGCAAGUGAUGAACGUUUGAUCAUGGACGGUGUUCAGAAGACCACUGAUCAAGUUCCGUGCAUGAGUGUGUCCCCAAAAUACCGACCUCUUAUCAGCACAGCGGUUUCAGGAAGAGAAGCCUGUGUCCACAGCAGUAUAGACUUGUCAGAGGAACGUCUGUUGCGUAGACAGAAAGCUAUUCAUCGGUCUCAGUCUGACCUCAGCAGUCGUCAUUCACGCAGCAGCGCAGACUUUUCUGACCUAAGCUCGCGCGUUUCCCGGACCAGUGUUGAACUGGAGAGGUUCUUCAAUGAAAUGGGACUGGACAAAACCGUGAUUGACCCUAUGUUAAGAAAACAGUCGCAGAGUUUCAGUGAGGUUGACAUAUUAGAGGGAAUGAGUUCUUUGGGCUCUCCAGAUGCUCGCAGCAAUUGCAGUGGUGUCUCCAAGAGCGAGAAAACAGACCAUACAGGUCCCGAGGGUGCGGAGAAACCAAUUAGCUCAACCUCUGUAGUUGAGAGAAAUGCCCGGAUAAUAAAAUGGCUGUGCAAUGUGAAAAAAGCUCGUAAUAUUGCCGUGAGUACAGAAAAGGCUGAAGCCAUCUAAGAGAGCAAAAUCAUGUGUGAUGGUAAGCUGGAAGCCAGUUCUCACAUGUUACAAAGUGUGCAGAAUUAGGUUACAAAUUAUAGUAUGUAACACUCUCAUGUGAAAUGGUGUACGCAGUGUGCUUGACAGUGUAGGAAAAAAAACCCC